AGUGACAAAGGGGUCUCUUGAAAAUGACUCUCGGAGGAAGGGUCUUCGUUCUGGCGCUCUUCGUCCACCUGUCGCGGGUGCCGUCGCCUGCGGACGCAAUCAAAAUAUUGGGGAACUGCCCGUCGUUCAGUAGUUCCAUGACGCAAACGGAACUACUGCAGGAACUGGCGAACGAAUGCCGUUACGACAAAAUGGUCAGGCCACCCGGGGUGAUCAACGCGACAGAUCCGAUCCGAAUCUACACCAGAGCCUUUAUCUACACGAUAAAGUCCAACAUGGCUAAAACUCUGCAAUUCGACGUGCAUCUGAUGCUGCAGUUCCGUUAUCUAGACAAACGACUGAAAUUCGCGGACAUAGCUCCCUACAUGACCCAGAUAUAUGCUGGUCAAUCUGCGCACGGUCUGAUCUGGACACCCACCGUGUACGUCGCGAACCAACGUACCUCGGCCGUGAUGGGGAACAACGUUAAAGACUUACUUAUCUCCAUCAGUCCUCAUGGCAUGGUUAUUCUGAACACGAGAUUGGAGGCCACCCUUAACUGCGGGCUCCGACUGGAGAAGUUCCCGUUCGACGUGCAAGAGUGUCCGCUGAUAUUCGAAAGCUGGACUCACAAUCUGAACGAAAUGGUGUUGGACUGGGACAAUGACCCGAUCGUCAUCGCGAGCAACUUAUAUCUGACGGAGUACAAGCUCGUGGACACGUGGGUCAACCGCUCCGGGGUAUCCUAUACCACAUCACAGCAUCAUUAUGGACAUUUUGCCGGCAAUUUCAGUUCGAUAAACAUUACGUUUAAACUAGCCCGUGAGAUGGGAUUCUUCAUGAUGGACUAUUAUGUGCCGUCGAUAUUAAUCGUGGUGAUCUCUUGGGUGUCGUUCUGGUUGCACGUGGACGCGAGUGCACCGCGGAUAGUUUUAGGAACGAACACUAUCUUGGCAUUCAUGACGCUCGCGUCGAAAGUAGAGAAUUCGUUGCCGAAGGUGUCUUACAUAAAGGCGAGCGAGAUUUGGUUCUUGGGCUGCACGAUAUUUUUGUUCUCGGCAAUGGUCGAGUUCGCCUUCGUCAACACCAUUUACAGGAGGAAAAAGAACGUACCGCUGAAAAAGGUCAACAGCAAAUACAUUCUUAAGUCAACCCUGACGCCGCGCUUGGCGAGGAAGCAAUUCCAAAAGAAUACAACCGGGCUGGAACGAUCGCGAUCAUGGUCGUCAUUAGAUAACGCGAAUAUGAACAGCGAGCAGGACUUCACGAGCCAGAAUUACCUCACCGUGCACAGUUUCCCAAGUACAAUCAACAUUCCAUCAGUAAGAAUCGAGGAGGAUAAGGACCCGGACUGUUCCGUCGGCAGCAUUACGACCAUCAACAGCACCCCGCCACCCAAACCCUUCCCACGCAGGGCGACCCUCGCUAAGCUGCACAAUUUCACGACGAUGACCCCGCAGGAGAUCGCUCAGUGGAUCGACAAGCGCAGCAGGAUAAUGGUGGUGCUGGAAGAUCAGGAUGGUGACAAACAGAAACGUGCGGUAUCGCGACAAUAUCUGUAUGAUAUAGUUUUCGGAGAGGAUUCAACGCAGGAGGCGGUUUACGAAGGCACGACGAAAAAAUUAGCACAGGACGUUCUUAGCGGCUACAACGCUACCGUGUUUGCAUACGGUGCAACGGGUUCAGGAAAGACGCACACGAUGGUAGGAACGUCAACGAAUCCUGGGAUCAUGGUGCGCGCGUUAAAUGACAUUUUCUUAGGGGCCAAAAAGUUGCGGAACGACGCGGAAUUCACGGUAACUAUGUCGUACAUGGAGAUUUAUAACGAGAAUAUUCGCGAUCUUCUCAAUCCCAGCUCGGGAUAUCUGGACUUACGCGAUGACACUCGCGGUCGCAACGUUCAGGUCGCAGGACUGACGGAGAUCUCCACCAACUCGACCGAGGAAGUGAUGCAAUUGUUGCACAGAGGCAACAAAGCGAGGACGAUAGAGCCGACCGCCGCGAACAAAACUUCGUCGCGGAGUCACGCGCUUCUCAGCGUCACGGUCAGGCAAUCCUUCAAUUCCCAGGAUAGCGAGCAACGUUUACGCAACAGGGUGAAGCAGGGAAGAUUGUUCAUGAUCGAUCUCGCCGGAUCCGAACGGGCUAAGCAAACUAAGAACAAAGGCAAAAGGCUGCAGGAAGGCGCGCACAUAAACAGAUCUCUCUUGGCGCUGGGCAAUUGCAUCAAUGCCCUAUCCGGCGGCGCGCGUUACGUGAAUUAUCGCGAUUCCAAACUGACUCGUUUGCUGAAGGAGGCCUUGAGUGGCAACUGUCGAACCGUCAUGAUCGCCCACGUGUCACCAGCGAGCAUGCAACGCGAUGAGAGCAAGAACACUCUGAUCUACGCUGAUCGUGCCAAUAAAAUCUCCAACAAAGUUGAGCAGAACGUGCUGGACGUGAGUUAUCUGCACGUCGCACAGUACCGCGACAUAAUCAGCGAUCUGAAAAUUGAGAUCUCGCGUCUACGAAACAAGAUGCAGGACGAUAGGCCGAAGAGAUCGGAGCUGGAAAAGGAGGCGACAGAUGAGACGCACGACAACGAUUUCAGAUCGUUGAGAGAAAAGAUCGUGUCGGUGUUCAAAGAACAGAUGCGUCUGAGGAGGAAGCUGAUGGAACUGGACAGCCAUCUUCUGGGCCUGAAUAUUGCUGCUGAGCAGCAGCAUUCCAUAAUCUCUCACUGGGAAUCCAGAAACAAUAGGGUUUACGGGAAGACACGGGAUUCCAAUACGCGUCGUCCCGGUACCGAUUAUCAAGUGGAUGAAGCAGAUGACGUGGAUCUCUUGGAAGAUGCAGAUUUAGAGGAUGACAUGGCCGUGCAACAAGCGUGGACAGAGUUAACAGAGAUUUCGGGGGAACAGGAAAGGUAUGCCGAGAUGCGCGCUACCACGGAGAGGGAACUCGAGGCCUGCCGGAAACGCAGUGCUGCUCUCGAAGACGAAUUACCGUCGCGCAUCAAUUCGGACGAGGAACGAGAAUUGCUGGCGCUAAUGCUGCGAGUACACGAACUCGAAGCAGACAAAAUGAUGCUGCAGAGCGAGAGGCUGGUGAAGCAGCAUGAGCUUAGACGUCGCGAGCUCUUGUUACUCCGUUAUGACCGACAGCGGCAGAUCUCCGACGAGAUCAUCACAAGACAACGCCGAAUAAUGGAGGAUGGUCGUCUGACGCUCCCACCCGAUUUACAAAAUCUCUACGCCAUGUAUCAGCAAGAGAUCCAAGCCGCGGCUUACAUCGACAGCAAUCUUGGCGAUGUCGCCAUAUCUCCUACUGCGUUCAGCCGCGGAAAAUUACCGCCCAUAUCCAGCAGGCUCAGUACUUACGACAGUUUUAACAACGACAUAAGAAUAACUAGCAGUUCCACGGACUCCGAUUGGGACUCGCCACUACCACCGAUUCAAGAACCGCAGGAGGAAGCAGAGCACGUGAUGGGGCCGGUGGUGCAACCGCUAAUCUCGCCGGCCGCCCUAUUUCCGCCGAUAUCGGCAGCGAAUUUGCGAAACAACGACAAGAAACUUCGUCGAAUCGCGAGCGACGACAGCAUCGACUCGGCGCGAUUCGUGCACAACACUAGCAAUCGUUACAACGCUCUUAGAACGAAGAUUGAUAAUUUCGGAGGAGAUAGCUGAGAUCGACACUGAAGCGUUCUCGGUGCCUUUUACGAGCGGUGUUGCGCGACUUCACGGUCACUUCGAGUUGUUGCGACAUUUCUUCGUUGUCCUCCUCAGGGAUAGUCUCAUUAAACGUCGAAUGAUCUUUAUUUCGCAAGCAUCUACGUAGGAUCGCCGCAUUGUUUCGUCGUGAAGGGUUUCCGCGUGUGUUUCUAGCGCGACGUCUUUCGCGAGGAGCAUCCUUCGCCGAGUUACGCGGAGGACGGACGAGACGAUCGCGUUGCGGAUCUUCAGGAUAUCGCUUAUCGUUCUGACGGGAAUUGUGCCUCUGCGAGACGUCUUUUCGCGUUCCGUCCGACGAAUUCUCAUCAGCCGUUUUGCUCCGGUUUAAUAGCUAGAAAACAUUUCUCGUAUACUCAAUAUUUUAUUAACAUGAUCGUUCCAGAGAUAUUCCAGUGUUUAUUAAUAAUAUGUGAGAAGAUAUCUUGAUAGUGAUGUUUUUUCCUCUAAAUCUAAUAAUUCUUUCUUUGAUAAUUUUUAAUGGCAACGGGAGUAUCUCGGAAGAUCAGAUAAGAACUUGUAUUAGAGAGAAUGAAAAAAGAAAUUUAUAUUCUGUAUAGUCUGAGCGUAAUUUAUAUUCUGUAUUUCUGAGCGUAAUUUGUAUUCUGUAUAAUAUGUGAGUGCGAUUUUUAAAUCGGCCAGAAAUAGACACGUGAAAAUAA